AUGUUCCGGUCAGAGGCGGGCGCCAGGCCGCGAACCGGCGAAGUCAGCGCCUCAGAACGCAAGAAAUGGGUGGAAGUAUUUAAAGCAUGCGAUGAAGACAACAAAGGCUACCUCAGCCGAGAGGACUUUAAGGUUGCGAUUGUAAUGCUGUUUGGGUACAAACCUUCCAAGAUAGAAGCAGAUGCUGUGAUGUCUUCAGUAAAUUCCAACACUUCUGGUGUAUCACUUGAGGGUUUUUUGAACAUCAUAAAGAGAAAGAAGGAAGCGCAAGUCUAUCGGAAUGAGAUAAGGCACAUCUUCACAGCUUUUGACGUGCACUAUCGUGGAUUUUUAACUCUAGAAGAUUUCAAAAGGGCGUUUAGUCGAGUGGCUCCCAAGCUCCCAGCGAGGACAGUGGUGGAGGUGUUCAGGGAAGCAGAUCAAGACUCAGAUGGUCACGUCAGCUUCCGAGACUUUGAAUACGCCAUGAACCAUGGGCAGGCAAAAUGA